AUGCAGAGAAUAUUAGACAAACACCACUUCAGAAACAAACAGAAAGAGAUAGAAUACAUUUCGAAGAAAUUGCAAUCUUACGAUUGGAAGACUUACCCUCAUAGAUGUCUUCUUAUCUUAGAUGAUUUCGCCUCUCAUCCUUUGUUAAAGAACAGAGAACAAGAUAUGUGUCGAAUUCUUAAGAAGCUCAGACACUUUAACAUCUCAGUUGUCAUUUGUGUACAGACAGCAAAGAGUUUAAGUAAGGAUGUUAAAAGAAUACUUACUGACAUAAUACUUUUCCCCAGAUUGUCCGAAGACGAUUUCAUGGAACUUAUGAAAGAGUCCAUGGCAGGUAAGUUUGACAGACACCAAUGA